AUGCAGCAAGAGAUAAAUGACCUAAAAAGGAAGUUGCGUCGUGCACAGCGAAGGCAGUCCCGUUCUAGCUCAGAUACAUCCUCUAAUGAGGAGGAGGAUGUCAGUUACACGCGGAGGUCAAGAACUCCCCCAAGUGAAACCUUUUCUUACGAGAAGGAGUCGCGCCCUGAACGGAGAUGUAAGAGCCCAUCUGGUAAGGUUUUGGCUAAUGAUGCCAUGAACAAGGCACUAGAUCAGGUCUCCAAAUCACCCUUUGCGCAUAGGAUAGAGGGGGCUAAAUUGCCUCGGCGUUUAAAUCAACCUACAUUCGCCAUCUAUAACGGCCGAGCAGACCCCGUGGAGCACGUGAGCCAGUUUAACCAGAGAAUGACUAUCCAUUCCCAGAAUGAGGCUCUGAUGUGCAAAGUUUUUCCGUCCAGCUUGGGACCAGUGGCGAUGAGAUGGUUCAACAGCUUGAAGACGAACUCCAUAGAUUCCUAUAGGAAACUCACUCAGGCUUUUUGCUCUCGCUUUAUUACAAACAGCAGAGUCCCACGACCCCUAAGUUCGUUAUUAUCUCUGUCUAUGCAUGAGGGGGAAACCUUAAAGGCGUAUUCGGACAGAUAUUGGGAGAUGUAUAACGAGAUGGACGAAAGCCACGAUGACGUCUCCAUUAGCACGUUCAAAAGUGGUCUCCCCACUGAGCACGGCUUAAGGAAAUCUCUAACUGGUAAACCCGUCACCAGCGUUCGCCAACUGAUGGACAGGAUUAACAAAUACAAAAGGGUGGAAGAAGACCAGCUACAAGGGAGAGGAAAGGAGAAGAUCAUUCCCCCCAAAGGAAAUGAUUACAGGUCGGAACGAUAUAACAAUAACCAGUCGAGGAAGGAUUUUUCGAGACAGGCUAGACAAACCAACCUGCAAACGGUUAAUGUCAUAUUCAGAGAGCUGGUGCAACAAGUUCUGGAGAGGGUAAAAAAUGAGCCUUUCUUCAAAUGGCCGAGUAAAAUGGCCGGAGACCCCUUGAAGCGCAACCAGAACUUGUAUUGUCAUUAUCAUCAAGACCACGGGUAUACCACCGAGGAUUGCAGGAAUCUAUGGAAUCACCUGGAUCAGUUGGUCCGGGAAGGAAAGUUACGUCAUCUUUUACACCCCUCUAGCGGUCAUCUGGGCCAAGCAGUACAAGAGCCUUGGAAAGAUGUAUCUUGGAGACCUCCCACGGGGACGAUACAUGUCAUCCUCGCCGCCCCAGGAAGAACCGGCUCUUUUCCUUCUGGGGUGCUGUCCGUGGCUCGGCUCCCCGCCGAGGAUGGUGAGAGGGAGUCCAAAAGAUCUAAAAAGGGAAACUCAUUAAUAUUGGGGUUCUCGGACGAGGACAAGGGGGGAACUAUCUAA